AUGACCUACGGCUGCUCCUCCGGAAACUUCUCCUCCCGCUCCUUUGAGAACUUCUAUGAGCCCAGCAGCUGCCAGAGGUCCUGUGUGGUGUCCAGCCCCUGCCAGACGUCCUGCUACCGCCCCAGGCCCUCCAAGUUCUGCAGUCCCUGCCAGACAACUUACUCCGGAUCUCUGGGCUUUGGGUCCAGCAGCUGCCACUCCCUGGGCUACGGGUCAAGGGGUUGCUACUCUUCAGGCUGUGGCUCCAGUGGCUUCAGACCGCUGGGUUACGGAGUCCGUGCCUUCCCUUCCUUUGGUUAUGGAUCUGGAUUCUGUCGCCCAUCUUACUUAGCUUCUAGAACCUUCCAAUCUUGUUAUAGACCUACCUGUGGCUCUCGGUUCUUUUAAUCAUCUUACUAAAUUUCUAAGCUUCUUGACCAAUGUCAUCAAUACUUUUGGCUCUAUUCUUUAUUGUCUUCAUUACUUACAUUAAGAAUUACCCCCUAAUUGUUCUCUAAUUUUUAAUUUCUCAACUUAUAUCUGACUCCAAAUAUUGGUUGACAAACUUCAUUUAAAAACUGUAAUUAAGGUACUAAUUCAAAAUAAAGCUUGUCUCUGCAAUG